AUGGCACUGCUCUGUUGGUGCAUUGUUCAGCAAUGUGUGUUUUGCUACCUUAUUCUAUUGAUUACUUCUUUCGCAUUUUCCAGAAAUCCUGAGGUACAAAAAUGUUCCAGACUCAUGACCAAGGAUUACGGCGGAGAGUGCUUCGCCGACCCGCAAUUCCUCGUCUUCUGCAACCGACUAGGUGCUCUUUUCGUCUCCUCAACCUGCAUCUUCUUAAUACACGGUUGUGGAAAGCGCUCCCCCGCCUUGAGCAACAUUCUCUCCAGCUGGUGCCAGUACGAGGCCCUUCUCUUCAUCACCUUCCCCGUCCAAGUGAGUCUAAUCGGCGUUGGUGUGAGUACAUUUAUUCUAUCAUCCCCUCCCAACCGAAGCAGUGCGGUUACAACCAGCUCACUCAGUGGCCUGCUCCUCCUCUGCGGCUACAUUGCACUGGAUUCCUACACGUCAACGUCCCAAGACAAUCUAUUCCGCACCUACAAUAUGUCGCCGCUUCAUAUGAUGCGUGGUGUUUCUGGGUGGGCUGUGGUCUUCACCGUGGCGCCGCUGUUGAUCAAUCGUACACUGGCAGCGUCGCUUCAGUUUGCACUGGCCCAUCCAACAUUCGUCGUUGACGUCGGCGGAUCUGCCGUCUGCUCGGGGUUCGGACAGAUCCUGAUUUUCCUCACGAUAGCUGAGUUUGGCGCUGUCACUUUCACGAUCAUUAUGACAAUCCGGCAGUGCCUGUCCAUCCUAGCGUCGUGUCUGAUAUUCGGACACCCCAUCAACGCAGUUGGCUUCGUUGGCCUGUUUAUCACAUUUGGUGCUAUUCUUCUGAGGAUUUUUUGGAAACGAUUGUUUUCUACCCAAAAGGCGUAA